AUGGCCACGCCACUCCGCAUUGCUCGAAAGGGAGCGGCGUUGCCGGCCCAGCUACCGUCGACACGCGCAGCACGAUUCUCCACCUCCGUCUACCGCCCGCAACAGAUCAACCACGAUGUCAGGAUAACGAGGACAGGAAAACCCAUUUUGACGGUUUCAGGCGGACGGUCAAGUAUCGGAGGAUACACUGCGACUGUCUUCGGAGCCACGGGAUUCUUGGGAAGAUACAUUGUGAACAGACUGGCCCGCUCAGGAUGUACCGUCAUUGUUCCCUACCGAGAGGAAAUGGCGAAGCGUCAUCUCAAAGUCACGGGAGACCUGGGUCGUGUCAUCUUCAUCGAAAUGGACCUCCGUAACACGCAGUCGAUUGAAGAGAGUGUGCGACACUCUGACAUUGUCUACAAUCUCAUUGGUCGCGACUACCCCACCAAGAACUUCGACCUGGAGGAUGUCCAUGUCGAGGGUACCGAGCGCAUUGCUGAAGCCGUUGCAAAGUACGAUAUCGACCGAUUCGUCCAGGUUUCGUCGCAUAGCGCGGACGUCAAUUCACCAUCCGAGUUCUACCGCACCAAGGCCAGGGGUGAGCAGGUAGCGCGCUCCAUCUACCCGGAAACCACUAUUGUUCGCCCAGCGCCCAUGUUUGGUUUCGAGGAUCGCCUUCUCCAUCGUCUUGCCUACCCCUCGUAUGUCAUCACCGCGAACCACCUUCAAGAGCGCCUCCGACCGGUUCACGUGAUUGAUGUUGGCAUGGCGCUCGAGCAGAUGCUGCACGACGACACGACCGCAGCCGAAACCUUUGAACUCUACGGUCCUUCGGAGUACUCCAUGGCCGAACUCAACGAGCUCGUCGAGAAGGAAGCCAUGAAGGUUCGACGCCACAUCAACAUUCCCAAGAGAAUCCUCAAACCGAUUGCACACUACGCCAACAAGCUGCUCUGGUGGCCAAUCCACUCUGCCGACGAGGUGGAGCGGGAAUUCAUUGACCAGACCAUUGACAAGAAGGCAAAGACAUUCAAGGAUCUCGAUAUUGAGCCCGUGGAGCUGAGGAGUAUGACGUUUGAGUACCUGCGCGGAUACCGCAGCUCGUCCUAUUACGAUCUGCCGCCCAUGUCGGAGAAGGAGAAGCGGGAGGAGAGGAAGUAUCUUCAUGUUCUCGACGAUCAAUAG